AGCCUCAUAGUGAAGUUCUGCUCUGCUCUGUUUUUUCAUACUUUCAGAAACUUCAACUUUUUUUGUUCUUUCAUAAUUUCAUUCAUGAAGUUCGAUCUCGAGAAUCCAUUAACGGCCUUCGAUGGACACGACGACAACGACGCCGUUUCAGCUCUCUUCGCCGCUGAGUCCGAUCACACGCCGUUCUUCAAAUCUACCGACGUGCACUCUUCCAUUCGCAAUCACUGCUUCACUCUCAUUUCUCAAGCGCAGUUUUCGUAUGAUAUUGAUCGAUUUACUGCAUAUCUAGCUGUUAAUUACAUCGAUCGGUUCCUAUCCAAGCAAGUUAUUCUGGAGAAUAAACCAUGGAUUGUACGGAUUCUCGUAACUGCCAGCCUCUCACUUGCUGCGAAGAUGAGGAACAUCAACAACUUAUCGAUAUCCAAUAAUUCAUCCAUGGAUCAAUCUGAACAGAGAAACGAUGAAGGCUUAAUUUUCAAUUUGCAGUCAGUUCAUCGAAUGGAGAAUUUGAUUCUCACAACGCUCAAUUGGCGGUUACGUUCCAUCACGCCUUUUGCGCUUCUGCAAUUUUUCAACUCGUUGUUUGAACUCAGUAACGACCAGUCACUGAGUCAAUCUCUCGAAGAUCGAGCUUCAGAUAUCAUCUUCAGCUCUCAUUACGAAAUUAAGCUUCUUGAGUACAAACCAUCAAUAUUAGCGGCAUCGGCGUUUCUGUGUGCAGCUCACGAGUUGAUUCCGCAACAAGUUCCAUUUUUCUUAGUUGCAAUUAACUCUAAAUGCGGACACAUUUAUAAAGAGGAAGUUUUGAAUUGUUGGAGUGUAAUGCGGGAAAUUACUGUCGAUGAAGUUGUUUCUUUUAGCUCGUUGACACUAAACAGUGUGCUUGACCAAGAAUGUACAAGUGAGAAUGCAGAUAGGAACAAUAGCAAAAAGCGAAGAUUGAACAAUUUUCGGAAUAAUCAAACGUUUUAUAUCUCUCUCUCUCAGGUUCAACACUACUAAAGAAUUAGGGAUGCCAAUUGGUGCAGUGUGGAUUUAACCUUAACCCUACAUUACAUUGCUUGCAUAGUAAAAUUGUAUGUUCUCAACCUCUACUCCAUGUUGUUGGUGUUUACUAAAAAAUGUGAUGGGAAACUUAGAAUGAAACAAUUGUGGAGAACAAAAUUAGUGGAAAAUUGUAUUCCCACCAUUUUAAAGAUUAGUGAU